AUGAAAGAUUUGGGAAGUCUACAAUAUUUCUUGGGAGUUGAAGUUCUAAAGUCCAAAGAUGGAAUCUUGCUAAAUCAGAGGAAGUAUGCCCUGCAACUCAUUUCAAAAGCUGGUCUUAAUGGAGCUAAAAUUGUAAGCACUCCAUUAGAAUUCAACUACAAGUUGACUAGUGUGGAGUUUGAUCAACAUCUUGGCACUGCCAAUGAUGCGGAGUAUUUUGUUGCAGUGAUCAGUUCCUUCUUCCCAACUCUCUUUCUGUAUUCCCAAACAAUCAUUGAAAGCUUUCAGGUCAUAGUCACACAGGACAAAAAUGAGAAUACAGUAGAUAUGGCUCAUGCAAGUGUGGCUUCUCUUACGAGAACAGUAGAAUCGCGCUUGACAUCCAAUUCGCCGAUGCAAUCUCUAUCCUUUGAUCACAGAGAAGAAUUUUGCACUCUUCAUGAAAAAGUUAGUUCGUUGGAAGUAUUAGUCAAGAACUUUGAGAAAAGCAAUGUUUCUGGGGAACUGACAGAUUUGGAAGUGCAGAUAAAAAAAGUUGCAAAUAUUGUUGAACAAACAAUUCAACUAGGAGUGACUGAAGCUGUAUUGGCAAAUGAUGAAAAUCUGAGAGAAAAGGCACAAGAGAGGAUUUCUGAUAGCCUGCAACAAGUAGCAGAGGACAUCGAUCGUAUCUGGAAAGAGUCAACAAAUAUUCAAGAUAAAGGGAACGUGAUGAAUUUUCAAUGGUUCAAGAUUUUUCAAUGCUUCAUGAUUUUUCAAUGGUUCAAUAUUUUUCAAUGGUUCAGCAAAACAUCAAAGGAAUACACAAAUGUUGAGAACAGUAUGGUUGGACGUGACGAUCAAAGGAAACGGUUGGUAGAAGAUCUUACGAGAAUCUACUCUGGUGAACCCAAAGUAAUCCCGAUUGACGGGAUGGGAGGCAUAGGUAAAACAACCUUAGCGAACGAAGUUUACAAUCAUGAAUCAAUUCUACGCCAUUUUGAUGUUCGUGCCUGGGCUACUGUAUCUCAACAGCACAACAUAAAGCAAAUUUUGCUGAGCCUUCUGCAAUCGACGAUCAAAAUGGAUGACACGGUUAAGACGAAAGGUGAAGCAGAGCUAGCGGACAUGCUGCAGAAAAGUUUAAAGAGAAAGAGGUACUUUAUUGUCUUGGAUGAUAUCUGGAGUUGUGAAGUGUGGGAUGGCGUGAGGCAAUGCUUUCCAACUGAAGACAAUGCAGGGAAUAGAAUAUUGUUGACUACCCGUAACAAUGAAGUAGCCUGUUAUGCUGGUACAGAGAAUCUUUCUAUGCAGAUGGAUUUCAUGGAUCAAGAUGAGAGUUGGAACCUUUUUAAAAGUGCCGCAUUCUCAAGUGAAGCAUUACCAUAUGAGUUCGAGACUGUUGGGAAGCAAAUCGCAGAUGAAUGUCACGGGUUACCACUAACUAUUGUCGUGGUUGCUGGAGUUCUCAAAUCUAAAAGGGCAAUAGAAGAUUGGAGAACUGUUGUGAAAGAUGUCAAGUCACUUGUCACAAAUGAUCCUGAUGAACGAUGUUCACGUGUGCUUGGGUUGAGUUACAAUCACUUAACUAGCGAUCUAAAGACUUGUCUACUGCAUUUCGGAAUUUUUCCAGAAGACAGUGGUAUAGCAGUGAAGAAAUUGACGAGAUCAUGGAUGGCUGAGGGGUUCAGUUGGAAAAUGAUUUGGAAGGAGAGGCUGAGAAGUGUUUGCAAGAGCUUGUCGAUAGAUGUUUAGUCCUCGUCUGCAAGAAAAGUCUAGAUGGAACAAAAAUUAGAUCAUGUAAGGUUCAUGAUCUAAUAUAUGACCUGUGCGUGAGAGAAAUUCAAAGGGAGAACAUUUUUAUUAUGA